UCUAUCAUAGUUCUCGUGUGAAAGUAUUCAAUUGUGAAAAUAUCAGCUUUCCUUCGUGUUCAACGUUUGAGAUAAGAAGUUAAUAUGGCCCGUACCAAGCAGACCGCCCGAAAGUCCACCGGAGGAAAGGAUCCCCGUAAGCAGCUGGCCACCAAGGUCGCCCGCAAGUCGUCGCCAUCCACCGGCGAAGUGAAGAGGCCCCAUCGUUAUCGUCCCGGAACCGUGGCCCUUCGUGAGAUCCGUCGUUACCAAAGGUCGACCGAAUUUCUCAUCCGCAAGCUCCCCUUCCAACGCCUGGUGCGUGAAAUCGCCCAGAAUUUGCAGACUGAUUUGCGCUUCCAGGCGGCGGCCAUCGAAGCCCUGCAAGAAGCUUUAGAAUCUUAUUUGGUGGGUCUCUUCGAAGAUUGUAACUUGUGUGCCAUCCACGCCAAGCGCGUGACAAUUAUGCCCAAGGACUUACAAUUGGCGCGCCGCAUCCGUGGCGAGCGUUAUUAAGCAAGAUCACUAGGAGCAGAAGGAUCACUGUCGUCCAUCCCAAAACAGACCAUUCUGAUUUGCGUUUUUAUGAGGGCAAGGACCACCAGGGACACUUUGAUUCAAUCUUUCAAUCAAAUUUUCGUUUAUUAUUUUUUGUUCAGUUGUCGGAUCGUCAGAUCUUGCCUUAAACUUAUUAUUUAUCAAUUAAUAUUUCAAGUGCUUUGACAUCGUGGCGCUUUGGCAUUAAUAUUA